AUGGCCCGUGUCACCCGUGUCACCCUCGUGUCGCAGCUCUGGCUCCUGCUCCAAGCCUCCUGCCUCUGCCUGGCCCAGCUCCGAGGGCCUCCAGGAGAGCCCGGCCCACGGGGGCCCCCCGGUCCCUCAGGAGUGCCGGGAGCCGAUGGCAUCGACGGUGACAAAGGUCCUGCCGGAGCCCCGGGAUCCCCGGGUGUCAAGGGUGAGCCUGGAGCCCCUGGGCCGGAUGGACCUCCAGGGAAGCCGGGCAUUGAUGGCCUGACGGGAGCGAAAGGGGAGCCAGGACCUGUCGGCAGGCCAGGAGUUAAAGGCCAGCCUGGACUCCCAGGGCCACCAGGGCUCCCUGGUCCUUCACUGCCAGGACCCCCCGGGCUUCCAGGCCAGGUUGGACUUCCCGGAGAGAUCGGGGUGCUGGGACCCAAGGGUGAUCCCGGACCCGAAGGCCCCAGAGGUCCCCCAGGCCCUCCAGGGAAACCCGGCCUCCCGGGACACCUCCAAGGCCUGGAAGGCAGCGCUGAUUUCCUGUGCCCCACCAGCUGCCCCCCAGGUCCCAAGGGCCCCCAGGGACUGCAGGGACUGAAGGGACACAGAGGCCGCCCCGGGGCCCUCGGAGAGCCCGGCAAGCAGGGAGAGCCGGGCCCCAAGGGAGACGUUGGUGCCUCUGGAGAACAAGGAGUCCCAGGCCCUCCGGGACCUCAGGGCCUCAGGGGUUAUCCUGGCAUGGCAGGACCCAAGGGAGAGACGGGUCCCGCUGGGUACAAGGGUAUGGUCGGCAGCAUCGGAGCAGCGGGGCGGCCGGGCAGGGAAGGCCCCAAGGGACCACCUGGGGACCCUGGUGACAAGGGAGAGCUGGGUGGCCGUGGCAUCAGGGGACCCCAGGGUGACACCGGCCCCAAGGGCGAGAAUGGCCUCCCAGGCAUCGACGGCAAGGAUGGCACCCCAGGUAUUCCUGGAGUGAAGGGUGGCACAGGACAGGCCGGACGCCCGGGAACGCCGGGACACCGGGGACAAGCUGGAUUGCCUGGCCAGCCGGGAAGCAAAGGUGGCCCAGGUGACAAGGGUGAAGCUGGUCCUCGGGGCCACCCCGGUGUCACCGGUGCCCCAGGGCAGCUCGGUGAGCCCGGACCUCGGGGUGAGCAGGGCCCGCAGGGUGUCCCCGGGCUGAAGGGUGACAGGGGUGAGCGUGGCCUCGUGGGGCCCCCCGGCGAGCAGGGCAGAGUGGGGCCGAAGGGCGAGCAGGGCCCACCGGGCAUCCCAGGACCCCAAGGCUUGCCAGGAGUCAAAGGAGACAAGGGCUCUCCAGGGAAAACCGGCCCCAAGGGCAGCAUUGGAGAUCCAGGUGUCCACGGCUUGGCAGGGCUCAAGGGAGAGAAGGGGGAAUCAGGAGAGCCAGGACCCAAGGGACAGCAAGGCAUCCAGGGAGACCUCGGCUUUCCGGGCCCUUCGGGGGAUGCCGGAGCACCGGGAAUUCGGGGUUAUCCCGGCCCGCCCGGCCCGCGGGGGCUCGUGGGGGAGCGCGGAGUGCCGGGAAUGCCGGGGCCGCGGGGCACAGCCGGCCGGGAUGCUGGGGACCAGCACAUCGUGGAUGUGGUGCUGAAGAUGCUGCAAGAGCAGCUGGCAGAGGUGGCUGUGAGUGCCAAGAGAGCUGCCCUGGGUGGGGUCGGGGCCAUGGGACCCCCUGGCCCCCCCGGGCCCCCAGGGCCGCCUGGUGAGCAGGGUCCCCACGGCCCCAUGGGACCCCGAGGUGUCCCUGGAAUCCUGGGAGCUGCCGGGCAGAUCGGGAAUGUCGGACCCAAAGGGAAGAGAGGAGAGAAGGGCGAGCGGGGAGAAGUUGGCCGUGGCCACCCAGGAAUGCCGGGUCCUCCAGGGAUCCCAGGUCUCCCGGGCAUUCCGGGCCAUGCUGUGGAUGGCAAAGCAGGGGAGCGGGGCCUGCCGGGCUCCCCGGGCGAGGCUGGCAGGCCGGGAUUGCCGGGCCCCCCGGGAUUCCCGGGAUUUUGCGAGCCGGCCGCGUGCCUGGGAGCCUCGGCCUACGCGGCCGCUCGCCUCACUGAGCCGGGGAGCGUGAAGGGCCCCCUGUACUGA